AUGCUGCAGCUGCCCCCGGGCGCCCCCGCCGCCGCUCGCCGCGGAGCCGCGCGGAGCCGAGCCCGCGAGCUAACCCGAGCCAGCGUCCCGGAGCCAGCCGGCGGGCGUCCCGGAGGUGGCGGCGCAGGGAGGGGCCCGACGGCGCACGUGGCCCCGGCGGCCGCCAUGGCGGACAGCGGCCCCGCGGGGGGCGCGGCGUUGGCGGCCCCGGCCCCCGGGCCGGGCAGUGGUGGCCCAGGGCCCCGCGUCUACUUUCAGAGCCCCCCUGGGGCUGCAGGCGAGGGCCCGGGCGGCGCGGACGACGAGGGCCCAGUGAGGCGCCAAGGGAAGGUCACGGUCAAGUACGACCGCAAGGAGCUACGGAAGCGCCUCAACCUAGAGGAGUGGAUCCUGGAGCAGCUCACUCGCCUCUACGACUGCCAGGAAGAGGAGAUCCCGGAGUUGGAGAUUGAUGUGGACGAACUCCUGGACAUGGAGAGUGAUGAUACCCGGGCUGCCAGGGUCAAGGAGCUGCUGGUUGACUGUUACAAACCCACUGAGGCCUUCAUCUCUGGCCUGCUGGACAAGAUCCGGGGCAUGCAGAAGCUGAGCACACCCCAGAAGAAGUAAGGGUCCUUGACCCAGGUGAACGGUGGCUCCCACAGGACAAUCGCUGCCCCCCCGACCUCGUAGCAACAGCAAUACCGGGGGGCCCUGCGGCCAGGCCUGGUGCCGUGAGCAGGGCUCCCCGUGCCCCUGGCCCAGGGGCCUCUUCCCUGCCCCCUCAGUUUUCCAUUUUUGGGGUUUUUUAUUGUUAUUAAACUGAUGGGACUUUU